AUGAGCGGAUACCAACCGUACAACAAUUACACCUCUGAUGGUACCGGGUACGGCAACUACAAUGGAAAUGAGACGUCCAGCUCUCAGACACGUUCUGCUGUCACUCAGUCGCUCAUCCCGGUCACCAUAAAAGAAAUCAACGAUGCCACCCAGUCCGGGCCAGACACACCAUUUCAGACGCAUGGGCUAGAAUUGUAUUACGUUUCUUUUGUGGGUAUCAUUAGGGAGCUCGACGCUUCUCAAGCUCAAUCGACCAUGCUGAAGAUCGAAGACGGAACAGGAAUGGUUUCGGUGAGAAAGUGGAAUGACGAAGAAGGAAAUGAUUCGGACUCGUUUUUGACUGGUGAGUACGUUAAGGUGGUGGCUACGAUCAGGGAGUUCUCGGGCAAGAAACAGAUUCAGACACAAACAGUGCAAAAGAUCCAUGACUUCAAUGAGAUUCCCUACCAUUUCCUCAGUGCCAUCAAAAUAUACCUUGACAACUCAGGAUCAACAAUGGUUGGAAAACAUUCCAACGCCACCAAUGGCGACAGCUCUCUUUUUGUUAGCAAUGGAACCGCGGACAACUCAAGCUCUCCUCUCGAAAAGAUUUUCGAGUUUGUCCAAGAAAACAGCGCUGUGAUGACUGACGGUGUUCCUCUGCAACUCAUUGCACAAAACUUCAACAUCUCCAUCGAAGACGCAGAAUCCAAGAUUGCCACCUUGGUUGAUGACGGCAGAAUCUACAACGGUUCCGAUGACACUAAUUUCUUGGCUGUGUAA